UCUAAAGCAGCUCCUGAUGUGGGGUAUACGUCACAAUGUGAGCUGGUCCUUUGGUGACACCAUCUUGGAUAUGUUCCUGACUCCAGAAUCAACACCGUGCAGCUACCCAGGCCCAGACUGCCAGAGCCUCCCCACAGUCUCCUUCAGCCGUACCCUCAAAGCGGUAGAGGACAACCCCACUGCCCUGCUGAGGUGUGACCACGACAACCUAGCCCGUUUCAACGACACCCUGUGCGCUGACAUCAUCACAGUGGGCCUACAGAGCUCCUCAACACUUUCCACUUUCUGCAACGCUCUGAGCAUCCUGAACCCCACUGAGGUGGAACAGGUGUGGAGUAACACCUGUCAUGUUAUCCAGGCUCUACUGUUGCCCCUCCUGGAGGACAGGUCUGACUGCAGUGGGGACAUGCCGGCCCCACCUCCCCCAGGCCCACGGGUCUCAAGAUCGCUCAGCCUCAGCCAGCUGCUGUGCAACUACGGCAACUGGACCAAUGCUAGUGACGUGGACGCAGGCCUGGUGACACUGUGUAGUGAAAAUGACAGGCAAGAAUUCAUCCUAGCGGUGUGCAGCAAUAUCCAGCUAAUGCAGGCAUUGAUGAACAACAAUCCUAACAAUAGCUGGCUGUGGAAUUUCUGUGUUAACUCCUCUGAUGGAUACAUGGUGAGUCAGUUCUGUAGGUAUCAGACCUGGACGGCGGAGACAGUCGACCCAACCAUGGUGGCCGUCUGCUGGGACCAGGACAAGGAGAGGCUGAAGAUCCUCCUCUGUCAGAACCUGGACUUCUUCACGGUUGUGUUUUCACAUGUUGACAACAACUGGCUGCAGCUGAACUGUACAGAGGCCCCGACACAGCCAGAUAUAAACUCUCUGGUGGCGGCUUCCUGCCAGUACUCAGAAUGGCGAAACGUGAUGGAAAUCACCAUAGAGAUGAUAUCCAUGUGCAUCCAGAAUGAUGACAAGGGUUUUGUACUGGAGGUGUGCGCCAAUGCCACCUUUCUGAAUGAACUGCUCCGUAAUAGUGCUACUGUAUGGGUUGGAGAAUACUGCACUGUCUCCCUUAACUCUCCACCCACCAACCCGCCUGUGGUGUUCAGCAUCCCAGACUGGUGCAUCUAUGAUAAGUGGAGCAAGGUGCUGGUGGACCCGUCAAUGGUGGAGCUCUGCUGGCGACACGACCAGAUGGGUUUUAAUAAGAACGUGUGCUGCAACAUGCCCCUGUUAGAGAAGCUCACUUUGGAGUCCCAGAACGAGUGGCUCAUGUCUGUCUGUGUUGACAAGGAGACCAAGGACAUCCUGCCCCAGGUGUGCAAAUACUCUGACUGGAACAAGCCCAUCAUUGUAGACAUGACUGAUCUGGCUCUCUGUGCUGAGCUGGACUCUCUGAACUUCACUCAGAAGGUGUGCACCAACACCACGGUGCUCCAGAACCUGCUAGCCAACCCUGACAAUACAUGGCUGUUGGCGUAUUGUGCAAACCACACUGGCCCCGGCGGUGGAGGGGAACAGGGAGGAGGCCUGAUGGGGUUUAAGCCAGUAGAACAAUGCCAGUACCACAGCUGGACAGUGGCACUUCCUGACACCUCUCUCCUGACCCUGUGCUGGGACUACGACCAGGCCAACUUUGUCUCAUCCAUCUGCACCAACACUGGCCUCCUCUCCCUGCUCACCAAGGAGCCCUACAGCCUGUGGGUGGGCACGCUCUGUACCACCUACACCAACUACACCAAAGGAAACAGCCAGGGAAAAACCAACAACACCUCCACAGACUCCCAGCCCUGCCUGGUCAGAGACAUUGUGAGGCGGCUGAACUGGACUUGUACUGCAGACUUCAGCCCAGCCUGUCAGCCAGGCUCCAGUCAGACGCAGGCUCUGCAGCUGCUUUUGCGCUGCGGGGUGAAGGCCCUGCAGCAUCGCUUGGAGGGGCUCCUGACCACACACAUGGCCUCUGUGGUGGACCAGGCCACCAGUGUGGCCGUGGUGCUGUUGGUGGCCCUAGAGGAGAGCCAGAUGAUGUCUCUACGUGUGACUGAAAACAUCCGCUUCAAUGUGCUCAAGUCUGUGGUGCUCUAUCUAGAGAAGGAGACCAACUUUGACAACAAGAGGAUCCUGCUGCAGUGCUUUGGGAAAGUACUGACCAGUUUGAUGCAAACAGGAAGACAUGGGAACAGUGAUGGAUUUUUCCUCAUCAAGGAGUAUUUCCGUAUCCCUCUGGCAAGUCUGAGGGCAGUGCUGGGUGCAGUGGACAUCACCACAGUCAGACAGAUACUGCAGUACUUCAGCAGGAACCAGGGAACAUUGCAGUUUACAGAUGACUACCUAGGCACCAUGGUAUCUGUGCUUUUCCAGACCCACUUGGUUAGGGACGGGAGCCUCUUUCCUGAACUGGUACCCCUACUUGCCCUGGUCAACCCUGCAGACAUCCAGUCACUGCCCUCCUUACAGACCAACCUCAUUGUGAGAAAUACCAUCAACAGCAACAUCAGGAGCCUGUCGGUGGAGCAGCGCAGGGCCUUUGGGAGGUGGUACAGCCGAGCCCUCAGCUCCCUCAACAUGACAGCCGGCGGCCCCUCCUUCAUCAGGGACACUGGUAACCUGAUAGUCUACCUGCCCUUUCACAGCUUCCAGCACCUCUCACCUGCUCAGCUGUUGGUUGGUAUGGAUGUGUUGCUGAUGAACACCCUAAGCCAACUACAACAGCAGUUUGUGGCUGACAGCCUCAUAAGGACCUUCAGAAAUCUAACAGUGGAACAAUUCAGGAGGCUUGGCAACCUGACGUGUCUGUCAGACCCAAAGGACCUGCAGGUGUACAGAAACGCAGAGGCCUUCUCUGUGAUUCAGGACAACAUUAGGACAUGUGUUGCCCAGGGCCUCAGGGGCCCCAGUGACAUGAUCUCCAGCUUGUUCUUGAACAGGAAUGAGCUUCAGUCUCCUGGCUCUCUCUCUGCCGGCCGAGUGUCUCAGCUGGCUCCCUUCUUGCCCUGGCUGGGUGUGGACUUCCUGCAGAAGCUCAGCCAAUCCCAGCUCAGCCCUGCGCUGACAGCCCUGGCCUCUGUGCCCUUCACUCCUGCACAGGCCAGUGUAAUUGUGGACAAAGUGUCUCUAAACAACAGUCUGGCUCUGCCGGGGCAGCUGCAGAAGCUGGGCUCUCUGGUGAGUGGGGUGAAGGUUGAGACUCUGUGGAACUUGCCCUCUGACAUCCUGCUGUCCUCUCUGCCUGACAUCGCCCUGCACACGCCCGGCCUCAACCCCCCACAGGCCAACACCAUCACCACCAAACUCUGGGACUCACCAGAGGUGACUGGCUGGUUGGAUAAGGUGGAGCCCCUGCUCCCCAGCACCCCUCUACUCAGUGUGCUGACCAGGGCUAGUCUGCUGUUGACCAACAGGACCUUGGCAGGAAGACAAGCCUGGAACACUCAGCAGGCUAAAGCUCUUUUUAAAGAAGCAGUGAAGACCAUGCCCAAUCUUUCCACUGAGAUGUUUCUUGCCCUUGGAAGCAUUGCUCGAGGUGUAAGCUGCACAGCCCUGCGACAGCUCUUCCGGGACAAGCCAACAUUUUCCUCAAUGCAGAGUGUCCUUGCAUUCAUGAAUAAGCACUCUGUUCCUCUCCAUUCCUCACUGAAAAAGUGCAUCAUCGAGGAGCUGUACUACUUUGACUUCUUCUCUGAGCUGCUGGGAGAGUUUGGCGCUCAGAUCACACUGGCCCUGCCGGUGAGCACUAUUAAGAAGUUCCCUGCUGACAUGAUGGACACUCUCAGGAAGAUGAUUGUGAAGGACUCCCAUCACUUCCUGCUCCUACCCAGUACAAAACAGGAUAUUCUGGUGGACAAGAUGGUGCAGAGACUUGGCAUGUACACGGGGGAGUUCACUGAGGAUGAGUUUCGUUCACUGGGCAUCAUGGCGACCUAUGUAGUGGAUGAGGUGUUUGUGCAGCUGGUGCGGAGCUUCUUUGUGGAGAGCCUGGAGUUCCUCAGAGAGUUCUGCUAUAACAGCAACAAGAGGGACAUCGUCGCACAGAUCCUACAGGAGCCUGGCACCUUCGGCCCCGUUCAGAACUGGACCCCUGAGACACUCAAUCAAGUGGACAGAUUCUUAUUCUUCCUUCCCAAAGAGACGCUGCAGCAGAUUCCCCAGGCCCUGAUGACCCAGGGGCGUAUAGAGAGGCUGUUUCUGAGUCAGCGCCGGUGGGAGUCGGGUGCUGUUGGGGCCCUCUGCAUUCAGGGCCGGGACCAGGUUGAACAGACAAAGCUGUUUGAGAGGCAACAGUUUGUUCUUCAGAACUUCCUGGGUUUUCUCAAAGUGGGGCAGGUCACACCUCCUGCAUUGAUGCCCACAUGUGAAAAUCUGCAUGCAACACAGCCUUCAGCCUGGAGCACAGACAGCUUGACAGGCAUGUCGUCUGCCGCCUUCAGCUGUAGUCUAGAGCUCUUUGGCCAGGACCCCUUCUUUUCAUCAUACCAACAGAAACUACUCCUCCAGAAAACUAAAGAGAUCUAUGGAGCGGCCCGGUCCUUCUCCUCGUCUGUGAUUACACAGCUGGGUCGUAUAGCCUCCCAGCUUUCAGUGGCAGAGCUGAGUGUGAUCCGGCUGUCUGAGCUGAGCACCAUCUCUGCACUGGGGGCAGUCAGCACCUGGAACAGCAGACAGCUGGCUGUGCUGUCCUCCUCUGUGCUCAACUCCACCCAGGUGGGUCUUAGUCAGCUGGCCUCCAGCACCCUGGUGGCUAUGGGACACAUACUGUGUGGGAUCAAGGACUCAGACAUGCGCUCCCUGAAUGCAGUGGAGUUCAGUAAGGCAGUUCUGUGGCUGGGCCGUCUGCGGCUGUCCUGUUCAGAAGAGCAGCAACAGGCUUUAACGGGACUGCUGAGCCAUAGCCUGGCUUUUGGACCCAUAAGCUCCUGGGGCCCUGAGGUCUUCAUUGAGGUUGGAGCACUGGCAGCUGGCCUCCCAGAUAUGGCCAUGUCUUCUUUGGUGAAGGAGCAGAUUGAAGGAUUUACACCUCUGGCUGUGUCCCUCAUCCGGGCAGACAAGUUUGCUGUCGUGUUUGACCCGGCCCAGAUCAGCAUGUUCUCCUAUGAACAAGCCAAAGCGGUGACUGAAGCCCAGCGCUUGCUUUUGUCCCCUGUGCAGCUGACAGCUAUGUCUAUGGUGCUGACCGUCUGGGAUGACAAACCUGUUGACUUCCGUGGCAGGUCACCAGGGCUGGCACUGUGCCCUAGUCCUCUCUGUCACCUUCUGGGACUGCUGAUGGUGCUGUUAGUUUCUGCUCUGUAAUGGCCUCCCCUUCUGAUGGAUAAACCCCUCAAUGGGCCAUGAGGACUCUCAUGAGGACUCUCUCCCACACAACUACCAUGUUAAACAAUAAGUGUAAUAUAUUGGAGUAGCCCUGCAGGCUAUUGUAAUGUAUGAUUUGAUAAUGGGUGGAUAUUUAUUUCUAUCAGCAAAUAAUAUCAAAUUGGUCACACACAUAUUUAACAGAUUGUAUUACGGGUGUAGCGAAAUGCUUGCAUUCACAACAAUACAAACACAUCUAAAAGU